AACAUAAAAAUAUUCAUCAACAUACAUCAUCUGCUUUUGAUACAUAUUUGAUGACAAAUCUACAAAAUAUCAACACAUCUGAACAAUCAUUGGGAGAGGUAAAGUACUACUCUACAAGAGUAGUAAUAAAAGGACUUAAUCAAGAAGGAAAUCUAUGGUAUCUUAUCAAAUUACGUGUUGAGGAUAUUAGUUCAACUGCAAUAUUUACAGUUUUUGAUAAUGAAGUUGAACAACUUAUUGGCAUGCCAGUUACAAAUUUAGAGAAAAUAAAGGCAUCCAAUAUUGAAGAUUAUAAUAACAUUAUCACAAAUAUUUGUGAUAAGGAGCUGAUAUUCUCAGUAAAGGUUCAAGAUAAAGAAUAUGGAAAUCGAAGCUUUCGUUCAAUUACAGUUCAAUCAAUAAAAGAAAUAUCUGAUGAAGUUAUUGAGACCGAACCUAAAAAAAUCAAAUUAGAAGACCUUUAAACUUUCAUCAUUAUUCCUGUUUAACUUACAUAUUUUAGUCUUGAUACUCUAGAUAUUUAUUUCUUAUUUAUCCGUCUUUCUCUCUCUCACUAUCUCUCUUUUUAGUUUUCUUUAUUGCAAGUUAUAGCAACUUUAAGAGUUGGUGACAUUCGUUAGAUUUUAAUAUUAUGUUGCAUAUCUAUUUCUAAUAA